AUGGUAAAACACCAUACAAACCCGAAUACAACUAGAAGGCCUGUCAGGACUCUCAAGAAAAAAGUGCCUAAAAUUCCUGAAAAGGCAUCAAAAAAGGAAAUUCUGGUCGUUGGGGACAAUAAUUCUGAUCCAAAAUACAAGCUGUUCGAGGCAGCUACGAUAGGAAUUGCGAGCGAUAUAGAAAAAGGAAACAUUUUCCUUGACCAACUAGAGCAGCUUUCAUGGACCUACCCUGUUCUGAAAAGGACACCCUGUCCAUUUCAAACUUGCCCCAAGUGCUCACAGCUAUAUGAGGCAAAAGAUAAGCUCCCUAUAUGCCUCCCAUGCGGCCAUACUUUUUGUAAUAAUUGUUUGAAAAACUGUUUAAUUACUCCAGGACGAGGGCUGUGCCCGUUCGAUAACAAAGAAUUUUUUUCGUUGAUCGAUUUUUUACCAGUUAAUUUUGCCCUAAUCAUGGACAUUGAUGAAGCUCCACAGCGCUGCUCAAAGCACAGACUGAUAUUAAUUGGUUACUGUCGUGAUUGCAGUAAGUUAAUAUGCGGCCGCUGCAUGUUUGAGCACACAAAACAUGACUGUUUUGAUGUAGACUCUGACGAAGCCAUCAAAAGAGCUGACUACAAUUAUACAUUAAUUGCCACUUUAGAAGCAAAUUUGAUAAAGCAAAAAAAUAUUUGGGCAGAGGAAUUUGAAAUGAUGAAAAAAUACUUGGGCCUGAUCGAGCAAUACAUAAAAAAAUAUGACGAUGAAAAAAUACUCAAAGAUAGGCUAGCGAUGGAUAUCGGCAUAAAUGAUGAUAGAAUCAUAACACUCGUAGUCGAACUGAAGCACUAUUUAAACGGAGAGUUGAGAACACUCAUGAAUAAAAUAGCGGAAUGUUUAGCAAAGCAUGUGAGGAUCUUAUCAGAUCUUAAGGAAAACUUUAAACAGAUGACACUUUUGGAUAGGCUUUGCUUGUGCUUAGAGCAUAACUUUGAUCUAAACGCAGAGCCAAGCUCGAUAAGCGCAGUUGAAAAACUUUACAAUGCACUUGAACCUGUUGCGGAAAGAGCAUAA